AUGUUUUUAAUUAAGGAAUAUCUGACCGAAGCUCUGCCAGUGAAUCUGAUUGGUAUGAAUUGUCAACUGAUGUGCCAGUAUAUCGAAUAUGUGGCCGAUCAUUUGCUUACCGAACUGAAAUGCCCGAAGAUAUAUAAUUCGCAGAAUCCGUUUGAUUUCAUGGAGCGUAUUUCGAUCGAGGCAAAAACAAAUUUCUUCGAGAAACGAGUCAGCGAAUAUCAGAAAGCUGGUGUUUUGAGCAACGAAGAAGGAAACAGCUUCUCGCUGGAUUCGGAUUUUUAA